AUGCUGGUGAGAUGCAAGAACCGGGGUCCCACCUCCCGCCUUGGGCCUCCCUGCAGGCGUGACCUCAGCCCGUCUCCCCUGCAGAGUCCGGCUGCCUCCCUCGACCCAGAACCUCUGAGUGCCGCGGUCCCAGACGUCGUCCCCGCGGGCACGAGCGCUUCCCUAGGACGCCCGGAGAAGCCUCCGGGGUCGUGCGCGCCUCCGGGGCUGGAGGAGGCGCUCGGCGCCCUGGGGCUGCAGGGAGAACGCGAGUACGCGGGGGACAUCUUCGCCGAGGUCUUGGUGUGCCGUGCGCCGCCCCGGAGGGCCCUGCCCCGCACCGUGACCCCGGAGAUGCGCGCGCUAGUGGUGGAUUGGCUGGUUCAGGUGCACGAGUACCUGGGCCUGGCAGGGGACACGCUCUACCUGGCCGUGCACCUGCUCGAUUCCUACCUGCGCUCGGGCCGAGUGCGCCUACGUCACCUGCAGCUGCUGGGCGUGGCCUGCCUGUUCGUGGCGUGCAAAGUGGAAGAGUGCGUGCUUCCCGAGCCCGCCUCCCUUUGCCUCUUGGGCGCUGGCUCCUUCUCACAGGCCGAGCUUCUGCGCGCGGAGCGCCGUGUCCUGAGUCGCUUGGAUUUCCGGCUGCACCACCCAGGUCCGCUCCUCUGCCUUGGGCUACUCGCUGCUCUGGCCAGGAGCAGUCCCCAGGUGAUGCUACUUGCUACUUACUUCCUGGAGCUGUCUCUGCUGGAGGCCGAGGCCGCUGGCUGGGAGCCUGGUCGCCUUGCAGCUGCAGCGCUGAGCCUGGCGCACCGCGUGCUCGACGGGUCGGGCUCUGGGCUGGAGCCGGCAUUUUACAGCCCCGCGGAACUGGGCAGUCUCGAGCCGUGCAUGGCCCGCGCCGCGCUCCGAGGCCCUGCACCCGGCCGCGCCGCGAUCUUCCUCAAGUAUGCGCGGCCCCAGCGCCAUGGCACCAGCCUCGCCGCCGCCCGUCUGCUCCGCCGCCCCCAGCCGGGGCCGCCCUGA